UCUUCAACCGCGACAUGGCCGCCACCGAUGGCCAGAUCAUAUUGGCCGCCUCCCGAUUCGGCGAUGCCACGCCCGUCUAUCUGCGCGACUUCUCCAAGCAGCCGCUGCCGGCGGUGGCCAAGAUCCUCAAGGGCCAGCACCAGGCCCUGGGGGUGCCCACCCUGUCGGCCCCCUCUCUGCAGAGCACCGCCCUCUUCCUGAGCGCCGGCAAGAAGUACCAGAUCCUGGCCCAGCCCAUCAAGAUCAAGGAGGGUCGCAAGCCCACCAACGUGGGCGCCAAGGUGCUCAUCCCGGAGACCUACGGCGGCUACUUCGAGCUCCUCAGCGAGGACGGCCGCUCCACGCGCUGCAUCGACUCCGUGCUGGAGCUCUCGCGGCGGCGCAACGCCCGCGUCCUGGUGCGGGAGACCUUCCGAUGCCAGCAGAUGAACCGGACCAUCCACGCCGGAGAGCUGCUGACCACCAUGAACGACAACGGGAAGUACCUGCAGUGCAGGAACAUCAAGGACGAGAUCAUCAAUCUGCCACUCGAUACCAAAGCCAAGUUCUCGCCGAUCGCCAGGGAGGACAGCAUCAGCGGUGUGCACACCGUCAAGAAUCUGCUGCUCAAGCGGAUGCCAGUCAUCGUGAGACUUGUCCACGGCAGCGCGCCCAAGGGCCUGAAGCAGCCCUUCGUGCCCGAGCUGCGGCUCCUGGGCUGCGUGGAGAUCGACAGGAUCUUCGCACUGCCCCUGCAGAAGGACACGGACCUGGUGCCGGUGCCGCUGAACGCCAAGAUCAAGCUGCAGCGGGCCAAGAACAUGGAGCAGCUGGAGCACUUCAUCGAGUACUCCCGAUUCCUGGACAAGGCGCAGCGCCUGCUGGCCGACGCACGCGAUCGCCUGCAGAUCGUCGAUCUCAAGCUGAGCGAGAAGGAGAAGAAGGACUCCAAGUUCAACAGUCGCAACGGGGGCAGGUUGCCGGUGGUGAUGCUGCCGUCGGCUGCCGGAAUGGCCAGCGGAUUGGCGGAAAGUGGCUAUGUGUUGCGCAAGAGUGCCAGUUGCGACUCUUGGUCGAAGCAGCAGCAGGCCCUCAGCAGCAGCGAGAUUGCCGAGGAGUACAACGAGAUCGAUCACAUAUACGACUAUGUGAGGGGCCUGACGCCCCUUUCGAAGGGCCUGGCCCGCUUCGAGCCCAUCUGCGAGUCCCCCACUCUGCGGUCACACCACACGGACAGCGGCAGUGGCAACUACUGCAGCUUGAUUAGGGCUCCGGCCCACCAGCAGGCCUCCACCUCCGGGAACAACAACAACUACAGCAGCCUGGAGUCCAACAAGCACAGCAGUAGCGGUGGUGGCCACCAUCCCGGCCACCAGCAGCAGCACCACCACCACCACCAUCACCUGGUUAAUCACUACCAUCACGGCCAUAUUCAGGAGGACAUCAAGCCGGUGCCGCCGCCCAUCGAAACGAUUCCGGGCAAGAAGCCGGCGGAGAAGCGCCAGCGUCCCACUCUACCAAAGCUUUACAUCAAGAAUGCCCACAGUGCUGGGAGCAGCAGCAAUGGCAACUCCACGGGCACCACCCACAGCACCAGUCACAGUCACAGCCAUAGUCACAGUCACGCCCACAGUCACAGUCACACGCAGUCGCAGUCACAGUCGCAGCAGCCGCCGACUCCCAAUGGGAACACGGCCAAUGCGGUGGCCAAUGCGGCGGCUGCUGCGGUGGCCGCUGCCCAUCACGGUUCCCACGGAUCACAUCCGCAUCCCCAUCCGCAUCCGCAUGCCAGUGUGCAUCCGCAUCCGCAUCCUCAUCACGGCAAGGUGCUGACGCCCAACAACCAUCUGCCGAGCAAGGAGGCCCUGGAGCCGCAGUCGCCGCUGUUUCACAUCAGGUACAAGAGUCUCAGCAGCCUGCAGCUGACGCCGGACAACAACAAUUGCUCCUCCGUGACGCCGCCGACGAUCUCAGCCCACGGCAAGUCAUCCGCAGCUGGCGGUGGAUCGGGACCGGGAGCAACUGCGUCGGGAACCCCGGCCACGCCGGGCACUCCGCCGGAUGUGGUGCUCAAGUGCGGCAGCAUCCUGAACGUCCACGGCUACCUGUCCAGUCCGCAUCCCCUGCCGCUGCCGCUGCCCCACAGCCGGAGCUCCAGCAGCAACAACCACCACAAUCCGAGGGAGGGAACCCUGGACUCGUCCCGCAGCGGAGGCCGGACUUCGGGGGACUCGAACAAGCUGCCCGAGAAGAAGACGCGCCGCCUGUCUCGGCCCAGAAGUCUCUCCAACCUGGUCUGGGACCUGCGACCCUCGAAGGAGAAGUCGAAGAAAAAGCUCUACAUCCAUCACUUCGAUCAGCGGCAGCAGGCGACGCUGUAUCUGUAGGAUGAUUGCUUGGAUGCAUCUCCAGGAUGACGACGAGGAAGUAGCAGCACGAUGAUGAUGAUGAAGAUGAUGAGGAUGAUUCGUUGCCAACUCGUUUCUAGCUGCCAUCGACCCCCACAAUACAGAAGAAAUACAGAGAAAUAAAACACAAUAAAAGAAGAGCAACUACAACUUUUGGCACGCUGUGUGUGUUCCUGCAGCUUUCACCAUUUAGCCUGCAGCAGCAAUUUUAAUUAAUAUUGAAUUGUGCCUUUCCCUGCUACGCCCAGAAUUAUGCUUUAAAACCAGAUUCCAAUGGAGUAUUUGACGAGAAUAUUUCGACCGGAUGGACCCCCGAAAAGAAAGGCUGCCAGCACACACACAACACACCCCACAACCCCCCACAUACACAACACACACACACAUCAAGUCUAUAAAAUUGUGAUUUUAAUUUUAUGUUUAAUUUAAUAAUUAUUGCGAACCAUUUUCAAAUUGGACGAAAAGCCAUUUACGCUAUUCAGAAAAAUUCACAAACGAACUUCAAAAUCCACAAAACUAGUUUUCUAUAAACGAGAUACUUAUAUAUUUAAAGAGUACUGUAUUUAAACCGGAUAGCAAAAGGCAAAUGUAACUAAUAGUAAGUCAAUAUUAUCAAACAACCAUAUAUCAAUCAUUUAGAGAAUGUUAUGCAACACUUAAAGUAGCUAAAAUGAAUUUAUAAAUUAAUGCAAUGAAUUUCCUCCUCAUAAUUUAAAUGUUGUGCAAACUGUUGAUUGAUGCAAUUAAACCAUAAUCGAACAACUCUUGAUUAGUAAUUAGUUUGCUCAGAGCCAGAUACUUCCCCCGAACCCCCCGAAAACCCCGGAAUAUUAAUUUCCCCACGAUCUGCUCGCAAUCGCAUUGUCUUAGUCGUUUAGUCUGUACAUUUUAGUUGUAUUUUCCAGCUUAUAUGGCCUAUAAAUAGGGAGUAUAUAUAUACUUACAUAUGUAAAACUAAUAUAUAACUUGUAUUUGUGUCUAAAUAAAUGUCUCAGAAAAAUAAAUGUAUAUGCAAAA